AUGAGUAUCCCAUUAAUCGAAGAAAAUAGCAAUAAAGACAGCUCUAGUAAAAAUAAAUCAUUGAACCCUUCUGAUUCUGGAACAGAGACCGAUUCAUCAGAAUCCAAUUCUCACAAUUGUCCUCGAAAGAAGAAGAGCAAAGCUGGCCAUUAUACGACUACCUCUGGCGAGAGUAAACUUGGUCUAACAUUGGAAGAGCUUACGAAUAUGAUUAAGAAAUCUCUUUCUGAUGCCGAAGAUACACAUGUGCAUAAGACUAGAGCAGUAAAGAAACGCUCUAUUCGAAAGCGUAAAGUAAAGGGUAAAAUUAAUUAUCGAGCUUUAUAG